AUCGAAGUCGUCCUUCGCACCGACCUCCCAGAGCGGGAGCAAUGGCGGAAGCCGGGGCCCGGCAUGCCCCGCGCCCAGGAAGGCGCCCCGGGCGGAGCAGGCGGGAGCCGCGGCGCCUGCGCGGCGCCGCCCGCUGCACCCUGGGAGAGGCAGCGCGAGCGAGCCAGCCCCGGCGGAAAAUCCCAGGAAUUUCGGAGGGUUUUUCCUCUCUUUCCGCCCCCCGGCCCCGUCCCGCCGCCCCCGCCCGGGGCAAGGCGUGCACCGGCAGCCCCGGCGGCGGAUGCAUCAGCUGGAGAUGGAGACGGGAGGCAGCGAGCGGCCCCCGCGGGUGAAGCAGGAACAGACGUCCCUGGAGCCUGAGGAUCCCCGCGAGGCUGCCGUCUACCCUGAGAACGGCCAGCGUCCCUCGCCAGAGCCGCCGGUGGACCAGGAAGCCGAGGAGGAGAAGCCCGCUGUCUGUGCUGAGUGUCAGUGUGUCUUCCCAGGACGGCGGGAGCUGGAGAGUCAUCUGAGCCGGGCACACAACGCCCAGGAGCCACGAGACGGGGUUGGCACUCAGUCCUUGCGGAAGCAAGAUCUGCUGGGGGAGGAGGAAGGGCCGGAGGCCGGGGGUGCCUGCAGGUGUUCUGGCUGUCGCCAGCAGUUCCCACGGAUCUCGGAUUUCCUGUCCCACGCUUGUCCACGUCCCGGACGGAAACCAUUCCGAUGCCAGGACUGUGGGAAAUCCUUUGCCCAGGCUGCCAAACUGCUGGAUCACCAGAGGUGCCACACAGGAGAGAAACCAUUCAGGUGAGGGGUCAGGGAAAGGGACUCGGGGAGACAGGGACUGUGCAUGGUGCUGGGGUUUGGGACCUGCAGAGGAUCUUGCAGUGGGAGGGGAAAGAUCCAGUUGUCGUGGUCCACGUGGGUACCAACAAGACAGGUAGAAUUAGGAAAGGGGUUCUGCUGAGGGAAUUUGGGCAGCUAGGGACUAAAUUAAAAAGCAGAACCAAAAUGGUGCUCAUCUUCUGAUUACUACCUGAGGCACGUGUAGAAUGGCACAGGGGCGUCAGAGAGUUAAAUGCGUGGCUCACGGAUUGUUGUGGGAGAGGUGGGUUUGAAUUCAUGGGAAAUUAGCAUGAGUACUGGGGAGGGAGGGAAGUGUACCCACUGCGACAGGCUCCACCUGCACCGUGAUGGAACCUGGGCCAUAGUGAAUCGUAUAACUUGGGCUUAACUAAAGAGUAGGGAAUGGGUUCAACGGAUUGGAGAAGUAUGGAUAAAGUAAAAAAGAGAAGUAUGGAUAGAGAAAAGUAAGAGUGGAGUGAAGAAUCAGGUUUAUCACCACUGGCGUGUGACUUGAAAAUGUUUACAAGAUUUUAAAAGCACAAUGGGUGUAAGGGCACUUUACGUCAAUGCCCAUAGUAUUUGAAAUGAGGUCAGUGAACUUGUGGCACAAAUCAGUACAAAGGAGUGUGAUUUAGUGGCCAGUCGGCCGGCAUGGACAGAGGAAUGGCAGAAAGAAGAGAGCGAGUGGGAAUAAAGGGGCCGUUCUGGUUGGCUGCCAGUGACUCGUGGUGUUCCUCAGGGGUCACUAUUGGGGCUGCUACUUUUCACAUUGUUUGUCAGGAUGAGAUCAGGGUGAGGGUGAUAUAAGAUCCAAGGAGCAGAAUGUUGAAUCCAUCUGGGUAGAGAUUAGGAACAGUAAAGGGGAAAAAAAAUCCCUGGUGGGAGUUGUCUGUUGGCCACCAAAUAAUAACCUUACAGUGGCCCAGGCAUUAAUCAGAGAAAUAUCUGAGGCAUGUAAGAAUGGAACAGCAGUUAUCGUCGGGGACUUUAACUUGCACAUAGAUUGGGUGAAUCAAGUUGGUUGAAGCAGUCUUGAGGAAGACUUAAUAGAAUGCAUCCAUGAUGGCUUUCCUGAACAGCCUGUUACUGAACCUACAAGGGAACGUGCUAUCGUAGAUCUGGUCCUGUGCAAUGAGGCAGGUAAAAUCAGCAAUCUGGUCAUUGGGGAUCCUCUUGGGAGGAGUGACCACAGCAUGAUCGAGUUUCCCAGACAAAUGGAGGGUGCAGUAGUUAGAUCUAAAACCAGUGUAUCAUGCAUAAACAAGGGAGACUACAAUGGGAUGAGGGAGGAUUUGGCUAGUGUAGACAGACAGUGGAAGACUUUCAAAGAGAUUUUUCACGAUGCUCAACAAAAGUAUAUUCCAGUUAAAAGCAGGGACAGUAAGGGUGGGGAGAGCCAGCCAUCGACAACCAAGGAAAUAAAGGAAGGCAUCAAACUAAAAGCUCGUGCGUACAAAGUCGCCAAGAGUAGUGGGAAACUUGAAGAUUGAGAAAACUUUAAAAAGCAACAAAGAACCACAAAGCAAGCAAUAAAGAAAGGAAAGAUAGAUUCUGAAAAUAAACUGGCACAAAAUAUAAAAAGAAUAGUAAAAGUUUUUAUAAUUAUUUAAAGCAGAAAAGGGUGUCCAAAGUGAGCACAGGUCCCUUGGAGGAUGAGAAGGGGGAAUUGAUAUUGCGUAAUGAGGAAAUGGCCGAGGCUUUGAUGACUAUUUUGUGUCAGUUUUCACGCUGGAGAACACGUCUAACAUGAGAUGUUAUGGCUGCGAUGGGAGGUGACAACCUCGAUACAGUAGCUAUCACUAAAGAGUGCUGAGCAACUUGUGGGCCUGAAGAUAGAUAAGUCUCCUGGUCUUGAUGGAAUGCAUCCCAGGGUACUGAAAGAAAUGGCAGAGGUUAUGGUUGAGGCUUUGGUGAUAAUUUACCAACAUUUUCUCGACUCUAGGCAGGUCCCGGCAGAUUGAAAGACGGCGAUUGUCAUACCACUGUUCAGAAAAGGAUGUAGGCAAAAGGCAGGUAACUAUAGGCUAGUUAGUUCUGUAGUUGGGAAAAUUAUUGAAGCUAUCAUUAAAGAAGAAACAGCGAGGUAUCUGGAAAGAAAUGGAUCAUCAGGCAGAUGCUGCAUGGAUUCAGCAAAGGCAGGUCCUGUUUGACAAACUUACUGGAGUUCCUUGAGGAUAUAAGGAGCACAGUGGAUAGAGGGGGACAGAUGGACGUUAUUUACUUGCAUUUCCAGAAGGUGUUCGGUAAAGUGCCACAUAAAAGACUUAUCCAUAAGUUAAGGAAGCAUGGAUAGAGGAUUGGUUAACCAAUAGAGAGCAGAGAGUUGGGGUGAUGUAUUAGCAUGGAUAGAGGAUUGGUUAACCAAUAGAAAGCAGAGAGUUGGGGUGAUGUAUUCACACGGAUAGAGGACUGGUUAACCAAUAGAAAGCAGAGAGUUGGGGUGAUGUAUUAGCAUGGAUAGAGGAUUGGUUAACCAAUAGAAAGCAGACCCAGGGGGAUAUGGAGAUGGGAACUGUGCACGGUGCU